AUGCUGUGUAAACUAUGGGCGGCAGUUGGUCGGUUUCGGUUACCGAAAAUCGAAAACUCGGUUAUCGGUUAAACCGAGCCACCCUCUAUUGUUGCCGAUCACCGACCGUGAAAGUGGUCACGGUUAGCCGGCCGAUCGAUUGGCCGGUUUCGGUUUUAUGCUUGGUUAGCCGGACAACCGGAAAACUACCUUUUCUAAAAGAAAAAAAAAUAAAAAAACGAAAAUUUUGCACCACUCACUCCUAACCCCUCUCACUUCUCGAUUCUGCUUCUUCCUUUCCAGAGAAACCCGCCGCUAACCUAACCUAUCUCUCUCUCUACUCUCUCUCGAUUCUCUUCUUCCUUUCCAGAGAAAGGAAAAUCAACAAACCCGAAAUAGCCUCCUCCCUCACCUCUCUCGUUCUGCACUCUCCCUCAAUCGCCAUUCCCUCUGCCUCUCCGUUGACGGCGACGGGAAGUCGGGAACAGCGGUGGAACAGCGGGGAUGAUCGUCCAGCCCCUCGUCGGCUACUACAGCGACCGCUGCACCUCCCGCUUCGGCUGUCGCCGCCCCUUCAUCGUCGGCGGCACCGUCUUCAUCCUCAUCUCUGUCUUCCUCAUCGGAUACGCCGCCGACAUCGUCCACGCCGCCGGCGACGACCUCUCCCGCCCGGCCAAGCCCCGCGCCAUCACCGUCUUCGUCGUCGGGUUCUGGCUCCUCGACGCCGCCAACAACAUGCUCAUGGCCCCCUGCCGCGCCCUGCUCGCCGAUUUGUCCGGGAGCAGCCAGAAGCAGACAUGUGUCGCCAAUUCCUUCUUAUCCUUCUUCCUCGCCGUUGGCAACGUCCUCGGGUACGCCGCCGGGAGCUACAGCAACCUCUACAAGAUUUUCACCUUUACUAAGUCCGAAGCCUGCGACGUCUACUAUAGAUCUACUUCUUCUUCUUCCUGUAUUUGGGAUUUUUUUAUUUUAUUUAAGAUGUGGGAAUGGGGAUGAAUCUGGACAUAUUUUGGGGAAGGUGAAGUGGGUCUCGAUUGGUCCGGUUAGUCGGAUAACCACGGUUAAUUACCGUCGGUUACUCGGUCAACCAACCCCUUCCUUUUCUCAUCCGACCACCGACCGUCAAGGUAACCGGUCGGUUUUCGGUUAGCUGGUAACCGCAAACCGAAAUGCCAGCCCUAGUGUAAACUGCUAUCUUACUUUAUGUACCUAAUUUUGAUAAUUAGGAUAUAAAAAUCACAAUGAUACAUGUAAUAAUGUUAUUACAGUAAU